CGGGAAAGGGGCCGGGGAAAGGAAGAGAAGAGAAGGGAAGGGGUCGGGGCUGGGCUGGGCUGGGCUGGCGGCAGCGGCUCCUCCUCAGUGCGCGGUGGGGACGGGGAGCAGAGGCGCAGCCGCGGCGGAGCGGGGAUGGCGGUGCUGGCGCUGGCCCUGGAGGGACUCGCCAUCUUCGGGCUCGUCCUGUUCGUCGUGCUGUGGCUCAUGCACUUCAUGUCCAUCAUCUACACGCGUCUUCACCUAAAUAAGAAAGCUACAGAUAAACAGCCGUAUAGCAAGCUUCCUGGUGUUUCACUUCUCAAGCCGUUGAAAGGUGUGGAUCCUAAUCUGAUCAACAAUUUAGAAACCUUCUUUGAACUGGAUUAUCCCAAAUAUGAAGUACUACUCUGUGUACAAGAUCAUGAUGAUCCAGCUAUUGAUGUUUGCAAAAAGCUCCUUGGCAAAUACCCAAAUGUUGAUGCUAGGCUGUUCAUAGGUGGCAAGAAGGUUGGCAUCAACCCCAAAAUUAACAACUUAAUGCCUGGCUAUGAAGUUGCCAAAUAUGAUCUGAUAUGGAUCUGUGAUAGUGGAAUCCGAGUCACACCAGACACAUUGACGGAUAUGGCCAAUCAAAUGACUGAGAAGGUAGGCCUGGUCCAUGGGCUUCCCUAUGUUGCAGACAGACAGGGAUUUGCUGCUACCCUGGAACAGGUUUAUUUUGGAACUUCACAUCCAAGGUCAUAUAUUUCAGCCAAUUUAACUGGCUUUAAGUGUGUGACAGGAAUGUCGUGCUUGAUGAGGAAGGAUGUCUUGGAUCAAGCUGGAGGACUGAUAGCUUUUGCACAAUACAUUGCGGAAGAUUAUUUUAUGGCCAAAGCUAUAGCUGACCGGGGCUGGAAAUUUGCAAUGGCCACGCAAGUUGCAAUGCAAAACUCUGGUUCAUAUUCUAUUUCUCAGUUUCAGUCCAGAAUGAUCAGGUGGGCCAAACUGCGAAUUAACAUGUUGCCUGCCACAAUAAUCUGUGAGCCAAUCUCAGAGUGCUUUGUUGCCAGUCUAGUUAUUGGCUGGGCAGCUCAUCAUGUGUUCAGAUGGGAUAUAAUGGUAUUUUUCAUGUGUCACUGCUUGGCAUGGUUUAUAUUUGACUACAUUCAACUAAGAGGUGUUCAGGGUGGUGCUUUGUGCUUUUCAAAACUUGAUUAUGCAGUAGCUUGGUUCAUCAGAGAAUCCAUGACAAUUUAUAUCUUCCUAUCUGCUUUGUGGGACCCCACUAUUAGCUGGAGGACAGGACGCUACAGAUUACGUUGCGGAGGCACUGCAGAAGAAAUCCUUGAUGUAUAGCCACAGCUUUGUAACUGUGAAUGUCAAAAGAGAAAGGGGAUCAAAAGUAUUAUAAAUUGUUUAUAUAAGUACUUUUAAGAAAAUCUACCUUCAGUAGUUUUAUUACUUGUAUGUUUUGGUAUCUGUUCCUUAAUUUAUUUUUGCAUGGCACUUGCAUCUGUGAAAAUACAUCUGUAGUUUUGGCCAAAUGGUACCUUGCUCCUAUGUACAAAUAGAAAUGGUGAGAAUUGGUCCUGACAUCUACUUGCUAUGUGAAUGCUCUGCAGUAAACUAAUUAAAAAUUAUACAUAUAUCCUCCUGGAUAUGAACAGCUUCUUACUCCAUGGUGUGCUGGCCUAGCAAAGCCAGGGGUCACAUAGCUAUUGUCCAGCUGGAUUGCACAAGGCUACACCCAGUAAAAUCACAGAAAAAGUAUGUCUGAUCUCUGUCAUAUCCCACUAAAUUGAACCAGUAAUAGGACCUCGGGAAAGAAGCUCUCAAAUGCUUUAUGCCUACCUCUUGUAGUUGCUGCAGAACAAAACAAAUGGAAAGGUAAAAACGCUUUGCAAAAACAAGCUAAAGUAAAGCUGGAGUCUCGUGUUUAUAUGUAUAUAUGAAAUACUUGUCAUUGCAAUGAACCAAAAGUGGACUGAGUUUGAUAGAAUGCAUUGAAAGGAAUUAUUAGACAGUCAUGUAUUGUGAGCACAUUUUGGCCAACUCUGAUCUGGUUCGGUCUUGAACCUUGUUAAGCACUGUGCUGUAACUAGCCUAGUUAGUCCCCUUCACUAUUUCCAUCCUUUUAUAAGGGGUGUUUUGUGUGAGUGGAUGCUUUUAGGGGGGCGGGGGGGUCACUAGGGGGUGGAAAGGAGCAGAAAUACAUUUCAGAAACAUUUCACAUGAGCUAUUUUCUUACACACACAAUGUCUUAAGAAUGUAAUUUCAUGAUGCAGGUAUUUAAUAACUUUUUAAAGUGAACAUACAUACCUACACUAGUAUCAUAAUUAAGUAUUCAAUUGCAGUAGAUAUUGUGAAUAUAUUAAAGGGCUGAGUGAGUUUGCUGUUACUGAUUAAAGUUGUAAUCUUAAUUUAAAUAUCAAACUAAGUCUACUCUUGGCUUUUUGCCUACUACUGUUAGUCUAGCCUUUAAAUUGGACUUUUGUAUUCCAGUGGUAUGACUAAAAAGACUAGAUUAUAAUGCAUGCCGUGUUUCCUGACCCCUUCCCUAUAGCUUGGUUUCCAACCUCAUUGUGAGACUUCCUAAUUUGUGGUGAACUGGACUUGUUUUCUUUGAACCUUUUAAAUUAAAAGCAAAACAAAAAAACACAGCAAAGCUAGAGAGGGAUGUUGCAUAAGCCUUUUGUUUUCAUAAUUGUAUUUAUGCUACUUUACUUCAGAUGGGAUUGAAUAUUGCCACCAUGAAUGUGAGCUGUUAAUUAUAAGGCUGAAGCCAACAAAGCAGCUUUAAAAGUUGGAUUAUAACGUGUAGCAUAUUAGCAAUAAUGAUGUGUAUUUAUAAAAAUGGAUACUUUUACCUUACUGAGCCAAUCCCUUAAUUGUCAUAUGCUACACACUAGCAUAAUGUAUAUGUAUGUGUUAAACAUACUCUGGGCCAAAAUGCUUUAUCCACCUUAAUAUUUCUUUUGCCUUAUGAUACAAUGGAACUUCUUUUAAUGGGCAUUUCUGUAUGAACAAAGGCUUUUGAUGCAUGCUUCAUUCUUUUCAUGUGAAUCAGGAAGAAACUUUUCCUGAGGAAAGUUGCACACUGAAAGCUAGUCUAGUUGUGACCCACGAAAACAUUGUUUUUAAGAGUUUCUACAUAGUUGAAUUUUGCUGAUAAUGUUUGUAUCUUUGUUUGUAUCUUUGUUUCAUGAAGUUCGAUGCAGUUCAUUGCGCUGUUGAAGUGAAGCAUAGCUUGCAACGUAGCAUUAUGCUGAUUUCUAUGCAGGCAAUGGAACAGAAAACCAAAAAAGGCUGAACAGGCUUCAUUUUAAAAAUGUAAGUGGGGAUAACUGUUUAACGGGUGCUUUUGUAUUAGUAGAGCCAUCUUUGGUCAAAAAAACUGAAGCUUAAGCAAAUAGUUUAAUUUGAGUAUUGUCUGGUUGAUUAUGGAAUGGAAACCAACACUGUCAGAUGCUGUAGAAGAUGCUGCAACAGAUCUUUUAAAAGUUAAAAAUGGCUAAUGUAAAGUUGUGUUGAUAUACAGAUAUGUAGAAUGUACCAUGUUUAUUUAAAAUCAUUGUCUUGUUUUUCUUUUAUUUAAAAAUAAAUUUUGAAUACAAUGUUUGGAAUACA